AUGACGCCCGAGCGUUUCGUGCUGGCUCUCAUUCUAGGGGCGCUCCCCGAAGUGGUCAGCGUCGAUCCGGUCCUCACUUAUCCACCUCAUCAGCGCCACCGCCACCUCCACUCGUCCCCUUCAAGUGCUCAGUACCUUUAUUCCCUUCCCACCCGGCAGCGGCCACAGAGGACGCCUCCGCCGCCUCCGCUCCCGCGCCCCCCGCGGGCGAUCCCUGCGCUCCAGGCUGGUCACACUCCCCGGCCGCACCCAGGAGGCUGCCCCACAGGAGGCCUGUUUGUCAACGUGACAGACUUUGGCGCCCCGUGUCUGCGCUGGGCAGAGGUGCCACCCUUCCUGCAGCGCUCACCCCCGGCCAGCUGGGCUCAGCUGCGAGCGCAGCGCCACAACUUUUGCAGGAGCCCCGACGGCGCGGGCAGACCCUGGUGCUUCUAUGUAAAUGCCCACGGCAAGGUGGACUGGGGUUACUGCGACUGCACACACGAUGACAUCAGGUUGAAAGGAGGAAAGAUUUCUUUCAGUGGAAGUGGGGAGGUGUUUGGAAACGGGGGUUGGGGCACAGUCUAUAACAGCCCCCAGGAUGAUCCUGAUGUAUCAGUUACUUGUCAAUAGCUGCAGUUGGCAAGAAAAGGAAUAGUAAAAUAAGCCCUGUUUUCUGGAUGGGCCCUUAUUCCCAUUUAUUGGAGCAAUAUCUGUUGCCAAGGAGAUGAAGAAAAUAUAUUGCUUUGUGAAAAAGACAUCUGGCAGGAGGUGUGUCCUCAGGAGAUGGCAGCUGCUGUCAUGUGUAGCUUUUUCCAUGGUCCAGCAUUGCCUGUCAUUCGCCUUGCUGAUGGGAGCAGCUGGUGUGAAGGUCGAGUGGAGCUGUACCAUGCUGGCCAGUGGGGGACCAUCUGUGAUGACCAAUGGGAUGAUGCAGAUGCAGAAGUGAUCUGAAGGCAGCUGGGCCUCGGGCUGCAGGCUACCAGAAGAGAACUAUGUAAGUUUACCCCACCUGUGUCUGAAGAAGAGUGA